AUGAUCGACAGCUAUACGUACAAGAUCAUGUUUAGAUGCUUUCUUCUGAUCUUGCUGCUUGUAGUCGAACUCACUAAAUGUAGACUUGUUUCUGCCGAAGAUUCUGACGUUUCGAACUCAUCACCAUGUGGUUCCAAACAGAAUGAUAGCGAGAUAAAGUGUGUUGAUGUUCAUUGUGCCAAUAAGUCAUCUCAGUGUGACUUCGUGAAAAGAACAAAAGACUGCGAGGUUCAAGGAGGAUACAUUGACUACAUUCGACUUCCAUACUGCCAGUUGAACGGCAGUAUAGGAGGAGCUGUUGUUAUCUAUUUACUUUGGCUCACUUUUCUAUUCAUCAACAUCGCAUUGACUGUUAAAUAUUUCCUUUAUCCAUCUCUUGACGCAAUUUCGAAGAUAUUACGACUAAGUGAAAGUGUCGCUGGAGUGACAUUUCUGGCUCUAGGCAAUGGCGCUGCUGACAUAUUCAGUCUGAUUGUGCUGAUGACGAAGGAAGAUAAUGAUGGAUCAUUUGCAGAAACUGCCAUGGGAGGAAUAUUAGGAGGAGGAUUGUUUGUUACGUCUGUUGUAGUUGGACUUAUUUGUUUUAAUUAUCAACUGAAAGUCAGGCCAGUAUCAUUUCUCAGAGAUGUGCUUUUCUACUUAGCAGCAGUCACGUGGUUGCUAAUAAUGAUUAUCGAUGGAAGAAUUAUAGUGGGAGAAGCUAUUGGAUUUAUAUGCUUAUAUGUCUUCUACGUUGUUGUUGUUUUAUUGGGCCUACGAUGGGAGAAAAAGGUAAAUGAAAAUGAUGAAACAGAAGCUCUCACAAAUGCUGAAGAAAGCACAUCACCUCAAGAACCUGACGCGAAUAAUGCACAUAUAAGCAAAGCAGAAAGCUCUUCUAGUAGUCAUGACAACAAAGGAGAAUAUUCUAAUUUGAUAGAAACAGAUGAUUCAGAAGAAUCUAUCAGUACAAAACGACCAACUACGUUAUCUCCUACCAGAUAUCAGUGCUGGCAAUUGUUGCAAGCGUUGUGUCCUUAUACAUUGGACGAUUUCUUGAAAUCAAGAUGGUAUUCAAUAAUAAUACUAGUCUUUCAAAUGCCAUUGAGAUUGCUGCUGACCUUGACAGUUUCUGUCGUCGAUUACAGUCAAAAGAGAACACAUGGUUGGAACAGGUUGCUCAUCCUAUUUAACAUUGUCUUGGGACCAGUAUUGGCUACAAUCGCUUUUGAUUUAUUUUUUGACGAAGUGGGCGAAUCAGCGAUGAUAGCCGGGUUGAUUGUGCUCGCAGUCUCUAUGGUCGUAGGGCUGCUAGUUGCAUUCACAUCUUAUACAGAUCAUCCUCCAAAUUAUCAUUGGGCGUUUUCUUUCUUCGGAUUCGUGAUGUCUAUUGUGUGGAUUUACAUUAUCACAAGUGAAGUAGUCAACGUUUUGGAAGCUGCUAGUAUCAGCUUACAGUUGAGCAGGGCGCUCGUUGGACUUCUGAUUUUGGCGUUCGGGAACAGUGUCUGCGAUCUUGUCGCAAACUUUGUGGUAGCAAAACAAGGAAAAGCCAUCAUGGGAUUUUCAGCCUGUUAUGGAAGUCCGUUGUUGAAUAUGUUGAUUGGCGUUUCCCUCGGUUUUCUUCUGGCUAUUGCUACUCAUGAAGGAACGUAUGUGGUGAAAUUAUCUCCACAGCUUGGCGUGGCAGCGGGAUUUCUUCUUGGCGGGCUGCUUGCUGCUAUUACUCUUGUUGCACUGCGUCGCUGGACAGCCCACAAACUACUUGGACUAAUUCUACCAAUAUCAUACGUCGCCUUUGUUAUUGUCCUACUGUGUGUUGAAUUUAUUUCUUAAAAUAAUGUAAUUAAAAACCUGGAUGGAGUGAUACGUAGGACAUUUUUACAGUUGAUAUCUCUAGUUUUAUCUCUUGAUGCUAGGUUGUACAACUAAUUGUAUAUCAUUUUUAUCAAUACUUAUAUAUCACUUUUCUUUGAAAUGUUUUUGGCUUCAUUUUCAAUGACAGUUGUUAGAAUUAA